GCGCGCGCUGGAGGUAGCCCCAUCAGCUGGGGAAAGCAACACAGCUUGAAUUAUUAUUUUUCUAACACUAUUCCUCAGUCUAACCGAAGUUAAAGCGGUAUUUUAGAUGUAAGCUAUUGGACAGUACAGUAGGAGCUCUGCGGGGGAAAAUCAACCGAACAUUUAUUUAUUUUAACAAGGAGCGCAGGGGAGGGAGAAGAAAGCAGCAAUCACGGACUGAAGGUGGCUUUGAAAGCAUGGAAUAUUUCAUGAUGCCGACAGAGAAGAUACCGUCCUUACAACAGUUCAAGAAAACGGAGAAGGAUGUCAUUGGAGGUCUCUGCAGCCUGGCCAACAUCCCCCUCAGUCCGGAGACUGCCCAGGACCAAGAGAGGCGACUUCGUCGGGAAAUCGCCAAUAGCAACGAACGCCGACGUAUGCAGAGCAUCAAUGCAGGAUUCCAGUCCCUGAAAACACUCCUGCCACACACUGAUGGGGAGAAACUCAGCAAGGCGGCCAUCCUGCAGCAGACAGCAGACUACAUCUUCACCUUGGAGCAGGAAAAGACGCAGCUUCUAGCACAGAACAACCAGCUAAAGCGCUUCAUCCAGGAGCUGAGUGGCUCAUCGCCUAAAAGGAGGCGAGCAGAGGAGAAGGACGAAGGGAUCGGGUCUCCAGAUAUGAUGGAGGAAGAGAAGGUCGAAGAGCUGAGGAGGGAGAUGUUAGAGCUACGGCAGCAACUGGACAAGGAGCGCUCAGCUCGCAUGCAGCUGGAGGAUCAGGUGCGCUCUCUGGACACCCAGCUGCAUCCAGAGCGUCUGAAGGUGAUCACCCAGCAGGUGGAGGAGGAGCAUGCACUCAUCCAGACCCAGACGCUGUUACGACUGCAGCAGAUCCACGCUGCAGACAGACAAACACAUAGCCCACAGGUGUUGGCUUCUCCUACUCCCCCUGCCCCAACUCAACACCCCACGGUGAUAGUCCCAGCUCCAACACUAACCCAGUUUCCCCACCAUCACGUCACGGUGGUCACCAUGAGCCCGUCAGCACACACCAGCACGGUGUCCACAUCCAGACAGAACCUGGACACCAUUGUGCAGGCCAUCCAGCACAUUGAACGCAAUCAGGAGAGGAGAGCCAGCGCUGAGGAGGAGCAGAGAAGAGCAGUCAUCGUAAGCCCCGCCCACGUCGCCAUGGACACCGCCUGCUCGGACACAGACACUGACACAGAGGGGGAGGACAGUUCAAUGAAUUGAUCCACCCAGUGAACUCUCACACACACACACACAUAUACACACACACACACUUACACACUUAUACCUUUUCACUGUAAGAUUCCCUCCAGGAGGUUGACUGCUUUUUGACAAAAAAAAAAAAAAAAAAAAGUUAAAAAAUCUUUGGCAUUAUCCAAACUCCUAAAAUCCAAUGGUUAAGCUCUUUGUCAGUCUUGUACUGUAAAAUCUCUUAAUUUUAGAUAGGAUGGUCAGCGUGCAGAGGAGGCUGAUUUUCAAUGGCAGAGUCGGUGUGCGACUAAUUUAAAACUUGAGGGUCUUCUCAUGUAAAACGCUAUCAGCAUCAGUCCACCCUUCAUUUGUGUUUACGUGUUGCAGUUAUCCAUCAUCACUGGCACAUUAACAGUAUUAAUUGUGCUUCAAACUGAUGGAGGCAGUGUAAUGUAGAGCUGAAUGUAUCGACACAAAAAGCACGCGGCUCUUGAUUCUGAAACUCUUAACUGCAACUAAAGCCUUUUUGAAAUAUCAGAAUUUGGAAUAAAAUCAACCUAAUUGCAAGUUUAAUUUGAGGUUUAAAGAAAUGUCUGAUUUACUUGAAAAAAAAAAUGCGUUUGAUGUCUAAUUACGCCCUUAAAAUAAGCUCUUGAUCAAUUUACUUUGGUCGUCUUUUGGUUAUGUUUUUGUUAACUUUGUCAGGUUACUGAAUGCAGAAGGUGAACAAUUUCUUAAAUUGAAAUUAACAAAUUGGAGGUUUAUCAGGUUUUCACAGGGAACCGGCGUCCCUGAGGGGAAUUUCAUAAAGGUCUGAUUUCAGUUUUGAGUCGACCACCAACAAUGUUGGUUCAUCAAAUGUUU